UUUAGCACACUUUCCAUGGCAUGGAAAGCAAACACCCCUAAAGCUCAGCGAGGCAGAUGUAAGAGUCAUUGGCUGGAUUGCAGGGGUCGUCAACUAAAAGAUAUGGUCAACGAAGAGGCUGAAAGCUACGAUACUGUGACUAUCCCACAAAGACGAUCAAGCUCUUCCAGUUCAGGGAUGAGCGUAACACAGGAUGAUGUCCUUAUGGAUCUCGAAACAAAACGUUUUGAUAAACGUCCGACAACACCACAGCGAAGAGUUAGCUGUAUUAGUAGUUUUGGACGCCGGCCUUCGUUUGAAGGAGCCCCUGCACGCAGGGAGAGCUUUGGGGGACGUAGGUUUUCUGUGGAUUUGUCUAGACCUCGACUUUCGCCGCAGUUCAAACGCGAUAAAGUGCUGAAUAAAUUGUUUUUUGACAUGGACGUAAGCACGAGAAAAGUUGGUGAGGACACAGGAGCUCUUGUUCAUGACUUGGAAGUCGUGCAAACAUCGAACCUUACGAUUGGCAAAAGGAUUGAUAACCUUCUGUUUGCAGCCUCCGAGAUGCGCGAUGGACAUCGGCAUAUAUUUACACAAGUAGAAAACGUCUUUGUUCCUAGACGGGGAAAAUAGACAUAUUUACGACAAUGUCAGUAUCAUGAGACACGAACCUAGUGGUCAGUACGUCCCGUUAUGUAAUUUGACAGCUCCAUCUCCACCCAGGAUGCAACUUUGUACAGCAUGUGGCAAACAUUUGGAUCGUCUAUCGAUCACUUUUUAUACAUUAUUAACCCUUACUGGAAAUGAUACGUCAAUCUAUUUUAAUAGAUUUCAGUUUUGGAAAUCAAAAAUGUUUUUAAAAUGUUUUUAAGGAUCUUAGUUUACAACUCCUGAUAGAUGGCUAAUCAAAUGUUAUCGAUAUUGUAAUGUAUUUUUACAAAAUUAUUUGGAAUAUUAAAAACAUAUCCAAUUUGCAA